AUUCAUGACACGAGGACGCCCGGUCGGGCCAGUCAGCGGGUGAGCAAUGCAGGUGUAUAAAACGGGACACUUUUAAUCUAUCAUCUGCUCCCGCCGGCAUUCCACCUGCAUUGUUUUAUUUACCCUUAUUAGCGAUUUCCUUUCUUCUGGCUGCUAGUUUGUCUCUAAAAAAAUAUCCUCGUCGCUAUUCAUCCCAUACAAUAACAUCCAAGUUAUUCCCACUGGGAGUAGAGAGUUUCUUGCUCAAGUCUCAAGGUCGCGGACUGAGCCGACCAACCGACUCAUCCAGAGGCCCAGACGCCUCCGACUCGUCUAGGCCUCCAUAGUGGCUGAUCGGAGCUAAACCGGGACAGGCCCAGCGAUACCGUAACGGGCAUUACACGGGCCUUCCAGCAGAGUCCACCAGUGUCCAGUGCCCACCUUUUAGUUUUGCCCCCCAUCUCUCCCCAAAAAAAGUAGUAGCAGGGCCCCACCGCCCGUCUGGCCUUUCCCGGUCGGAGGGAGUCUGUCUGUAGCAGCACCACCACCACCACCAGCCAGAAGUGUGCAAUGAAGACAAGGCAAGCGAUGUAAUGGACUGGACCCUGGAAAGAAAAGCAUGAAUGACCAGCUUGAUCCAUGACGACUUGUCUGUCUGGGUGGAUCUGGCCGUCGUGCCAGGCGUCAGGCAGGUACUACAAACUGCCCACAUUGUGUACGAGUAAAGUAAGGGUAAAAAAUAAAAAAGAAUUAAAAAGAAAAAGGCAGCAUGGUUAUUUCAACCAGGGCGAACUGAUCAGGAGGUUUGCUUUUUUAUUCCCUCUUGUCUUCUUGCCGCCUGCCUACCUACGCUUGGUAACAAUGGCCGUUACUAGUAACCAACAACCGAUUUCUGCUCGGGAUCUCGUAUUACUUGGGAUCAGCAUCACUUUAUCGAUCUCGCUUUUCACCGUCUGUUCCGAUGCUUAUUUACCACCAAUUUCCUUAUCUACCAUAAUUUGUAGUGGUGAUUCUUCAGAAAAUUGAAGCCUUCGGGAAAGCCGAAGCGAAGUCGGGUACACACUGGCACAGAGUAACGAACAACAUCAAAAAGCCCCCCAGAUGAUCCGGAAGAUAGUCCCUACUAGUCUAGCGAUAGUGCUAGCAUCUUCGAUCCCGGCCACGCUUCUGCGGUAGUAGUUCUUCAUUAUUCUCUUUAUUAUUGCCCAUUCCCCAUAAUUGUACCUGACAAUAAAUAGUUACGGUGUAGAGCAUGACUCAGAGUAGACACAGACCGGAAUAGGGCGAGAUGGUGAGGGAGCCUAUGAAUUGAGCCAGCCGGGAAGGACAUGAAUCACCUAGAUAGAAAAUAAUGAAAUUAAAAUACAAACUCCAACAAGGAUAAGCAAAAGGGAAAAUGGUUCUGGAACUCUAAGCCAAAUUCCUCUGCCUCUCAGUGUCCGU